AUGGACCUGUCGGUUUCAAAACCAGUACAUCUUUGUUGCGGGAAACCAACUGCAUUUAAGCAUUCUAUUGACAACAUUCUCAAGUGUCAACAAAAUGAGUGCAAUUGCAUCAAUGAGGGAGGCGGAACCAACUUGGUGUCCGGUAACAAUGGAGACAAUAACCAAUCGAUCUGUUUAGGGGACGGCCACCAGGGGCCAAGUGAUCAAGCUGCGCUUGACAAUGUUUGUGUUACGGAUAUACCAACAGAUUUGCGUGUUUCCCGGGUUUCGCACGUUCACGGGGCGCCUCUAGAUGAUAUUUUACGGUGUGGCCCACGAGCCUCCAGCCCGAACAGUGAUUUUGUGACGUCAGGUUCAGAACAGGACUGUGGGCCCGAUGUGGGGGACAGGAAAAGAUGUCUGGACAUGGAACUAGACGUGCCCACAAAGAAGCGACGAUUCCGCACCACCUUCUCCUCAGACCAGCUGAAGGCCUUGGAGAAGGUGUUCCAGAUUACACACUACCCGGAUGUUAACACACGUGACGAGUUAUCCCAGAAGACAGGACUGUCAGAAGAACGAGUUCAGAUCUGGUUCCAAAAUCGGCGAGCUAAGUGGCGGAAGCACGAAAAGUUGGGAAAUUUUGGCGGUCUACAAGAUCUGAAGGAAGUUGACUUCGUGCCUGCUCCGAAAACUGUUAUGAGAUUGGAUUCUGAAUGUAAAAUCGCUAGGAAGCGGGAUAAAUCAGAUGGACUGCAGCAACAAUUAGCAGACGACCAAACGCCACGAACUGUCAGUGGCGUUCCUCCGCCAUAUGCAUUUUACUCGCCAUUGUUUGGUCUGCAGCCAUUUUUAUAUUAUUCGGCAUGCCCAAUAGGAAAUACGUCAGACCUGAAACGACCCGACAGUCUGACGGCACUGAGAUUGAAAGCACGUGAGCACGAGGCUGCCCUUGAAAUGCAGUACAUGUACAAAUAGACUGGAUCUUCAUUUCUUACACGUGAUUGAACCUUAAAGUCGCAGACACCAGUUAGAACCCAUGAAAUUAGACACUAAUACUGGUUAAUCUACAAACACGUAACACAUUAGGAAUAAAUUACAAAAGAGUGAAAUAACAGUCUGUGAUGCUAAAACGGGGAAAUACCCUCGAACAAUAGAUCAGAGCUCGUCUCCUUAACUGGUACUUUUCAGAGGAACGUGUGAUUUUUUAAAUUAUGAAAUUGAUUUUCGUGGCAUUACAAACACCACGCCUGAUGAUGAAAAACGCUUUGGAUGUACACAAAUGAUACUCUAAACCAUAAAAGUUAGGUAAUGUUUAAUUCCAGCUAUCAAAAAUGGUUCUAAUAGUAGAAAUUGUUGCCAUAUGCCAUAGUGUUUAAAAACUAGGGUCUUUUACUUUAAUUGAAUACAGGCACGUUAUUGUGGUAUCCUAUGGUAUGCUAUUUCUUACACACCCGUGUAAGAGUUGACCUGUUGUAGAUAAAUAUCGUGUCCAACAUAUGUCGGAGAAGAUAACUUUUGAGACUUGGGAUUGGCUGCUCCAUGGUGAUGAUCCGGUCACCAGAGCCCUAUCAUCCAAUCAAAAAGGACGUUUGAAAUUUAUUGUUCUGUGACGGUUGAGUUGAUCUGAAACUGAUUAUUGAGUAACCAGAGGCAGAUUUGGGGGGGAGCCCAGGGGCCUGGCCUCCCCUAAAUUUUGCGAUAGUAAAAUUUUUAUUAUAUAUUAAUUUUCAUUUUUUUACGAUCCCCCUCCAAACCUCCCCCAAAGUUCCCUUGGCAUUCCAUCUCAUGUCACCGGGGCCCCCCUAAAUGGAUUUUCUGGAUCCGCCACUAAUAACGUAUACGUUGACUGUUGACUGCCGCGAGAAUGCCGUAAAUACGCUUUAGAUGGGUUUUAAGGAUAUGUAAAAAAUAGAAUACUACUUUCAUGUCCUUUAGUAUAUUUCGCUUGUUAGAUACGUUUUAAAACAGCUCGCAAGAUAAAUGGUAUCUAACUGCCACUAAUGUAGUGUUUUAUAUAUACACA